GCAUAUACUCAAGAGAAUAAGAAUCAAAAGAUGGUGUACAAAAGGUUUUUAGUCAUAGUACUAGAGCUGCUGUAUGUGAUGAAUGCUAUAUGGGGCUCUUCUGCUCAUGAUCAUCAAGAUUGGGAAAUGAACAAAUAUGAGCUACUGGGGCCAGAAGAAAUUGAUGUGCCUGCUCAUAAGGAACUUAAUGGUUUCAGCAGCACUGCUAGCACAAGGAAGACAGCUUUUGGAGGAAGGAAAAUGGCAGUUCAGAAAGUGACAAGGAGAGAAAUUGAGAAAGAGCAAGGCCUUCAUGGAGGAGCUCCAGUAGAUGAUUCAGGUAACGAGAAGAAUGCUUUAGACAAGUCUCUUGGGGUAUCAAACGAUCAAUUGAAUAAUAAUAAGAAGGAUAUGAACAAUUUGGAGAGAAAGACAUUGUCCGCCAGAUUGGGAACUCCAAGGACGGAGACAAUCAAUCUCCCAAAGUCCGACCCCGAGCUCUCUCAGGAUUCCAAAGCAUUGCCAACCAAAACCAGCUGGGAAAGUCGACCUUCAAGGGUUGACAUGGAUCAGGAACCUCAAGGCAGUAGUACUCUUCCAAAAGGUGAAAUGCAAAGGCUUCUUGAUGCAACUAAAGAAAUUGUGAACCUAAUGCACAAAGAUUACAGCGGACAUGCUAGGCCUGGCCGCAAGCCACCAAUUAACAAUAAAGUGCCCAUUCACUGAGCACAACUGAAACCCUAGAUAGAUUACUUUUCAAUCACAAUUUUGUCCCCAACAGGAAGUGAAGUCCCUUAACCCAAUAUAGGAUAGAACUUCUUUGGUUUUGCUUUAAUGGCCAUAACACUGAAAUUUUGUUUGUUUAAUCUUCUAACAAGAAACUGAGCUGUAGAAACAUAAAAGUUAUGUACAUUAU